CAGAUAUGAUCUUCCUCCUGCUUAGCUGUAACUACUGCGCGCACAUGUAUUGUGUGUGGCGCGCCAGUCAUCUGGGCGCGUUGCUUCCAUGGCGGUUGCCCGGUCGUGCUGCCGACGACUCAGGUUUUGUGCACGCGCGCGGGCUGUCCCGGGCCCUGCUCUGCUCGACCGCCAAAAACAGCGUCGUGCAGCAGAAGAGUGCGACUUCGGUUGCGGCUCCGUGCCUGGCGCAACUAUCUGUGGCGCGGCGUUCUGCUCAGGGCGUGGCGCCUUCGGUGUUCUUUCCUGAAGACUUUUCCCCGAGGGGCCGCUAUUGCAGUGCGCGCCACCUCUUGUCUUUGCGGCCCGCGCUGCGUUUUGGUUGGGCCGGCUAUCGUGGCCCGGGCCGCCGCCCUGUGGCGUGGCCAUCGAGCCGCGGCGCGAUGGGUGGUCUGCGCCUCGGCAACUUUGUUGCCGGGCUUCUCGUUGCGCCGUGCGACGGCGAUGCGCCAGCGCGCGCGCCGGCCUCUGCGUGGUGUUUGGUCAAUGAAUGGCAGGCGCGCAGCGCAUGCAACUUGUGCUUCACGAGCAGAAGUGUGGCAUUGCGUACUGUGACUCUGAAAACAGCUGCGGCCGCUGGGAC